CUGCUCGGGAGCAGAGGGCCAGACCGCAGAGCUCUUCCGGAGGCGGAUAAUCCCCUCAUCUCCUCACGCAGUUCCAGAAAGGAUUUGCUCUGACUCACCUACAGGAGGACACCUUCUGGCAGCUGCUGCAGUUUACCACUAUAGGAGAACCCUGGAUGUGCGCAAAUAUGGAUCCUUGCGUCUCCCUUUGCGCCUUGUGGUGUAAAUAGAGCAAUUUACUGAGUGGAUAAUGUUGCAGCUGCUGCCUGGGAGGAACUAUUGAAGUCUGUCACUUCUUUAUAAACAGUCACCAUUUCGGCAGCAUGUCGCUGACGCUCAGUCUGGCUUUAGGUGUAACUGUUCUCUGGCGCAUCAGCGGCGAACCGCUGACUCCUUCAACUGCGACACAUUUAAACUCAACAUCCACCUCCAUCAUCCAUGAAGGACAGACGAGUAAAAACGCCACGGAAGAUGCUUUGGGAUCCCCGAUGUCACCUUUGAUGACUUACCUGCCAACUCUAAAAAACGUCGUUAUUUUGAUCUGUGUGCUGACAGCUGUCCUCAUCACAUGCCUGGUGAUCAAAGUGAUCAGAUCUGGCCGAAAAAUCAGGAAAACACGAAAAUACGACAUAAUUACCACGCCGGCAGAGCGGGUGGAGAUGGCUCCUCUGAACGAGGAGAACGACGACGAGGAUGACUCCACUCUGUUUGAUGUCAAAUACAGGUGAAUCCAACUUGGGACAACUGUUGUCUUUCUAACAGUUUUUUCCACCUCAACCCAACGUCAGUGAUUUUGCCAUCAAAGUGUCGUCAUGCCAACAACUUCUGCAGCUUGUGUUUUACCUGCGUUG